GGCAAGGCCGAGGGGGCGUGCGAGGACCUCUACUUAGAAUCCAUCAAGGGCGACGACUCGGUGGAUGUUUUCUUGGAGUACCUCGGGGAGCGCUUUCCCAAGAUUGAAGUAUGGGAGUUACCCACGCUCCUGGAGACAUUAGCGAAGCCGGCAUGCAUCCGGCGCAAGUUUGAGGAGAUCCGCGAUUUCAGCAAUCGCUUCAACAGCAUAGUGACGAAGCUGAGAGCUAAGGACAUCCAGGUGCCCGACGAGGUCUUGGCCGACCGGUGCAUAAAUGGCGCCCGCCUGCCACCAGAGCGCGCAGCGAGCGUGCUCAACGGCGUGGGCAACGAGUUCAAUCCGACGAAGAUCCAGGAACAGCUAAUGAUUAAUUUGCCCAAAGUACCGGUUGUGGACGGCAACGCAGAGCAUCGCCGCGACAAAGGCGGGUACGGAGGUCACAAGAAGGACCGCAAGAAGGUGUACGCCGCGGAGGCCUAUGUCGAGGCCGAGAACGACGGCGCGUCCACCGACAGCUCCGAGGGCUACGACGACGACUUGCCGGACGAGCUGCAGGACGUGAUAGACGAGGCGGAGGAGCAGGUGGCUUUUUUCACCAAGAAGAUGGCGCGCGCCAAGGACGAGCUAGAUGAGGCCAAGCAGGCGCGCGGCUACUUCGACAUGCGAGACGGCGGGCAUCUGCCGAAGAAGGACGAUGCCAAGAUCGCCAAGAUGAAGGCGAGGACGCACCGUGGAGCUUGUGGCCAGAAGGGCCACUGGCGCGGCGACCCGCAGUGCUCCAAGAAGUACGACCCCAACGCGAGGGCCGACAUCCCGCGAAAGGGGAGUCACAAGACGAACCUGACUACGAACGACGGGACCGGCGACCCGCAGGACCCCCACGUCGCGGAGAUGACGGUCGCGGCGGCCCACCAUCAAGCGCAGCCGAGAGCGGCGCGACAUCGGAGGAAGGUCGCCUUCGGUAACGCGCCGCGCGGCGUCCCCGAGGAGGUGGCGGCCGCCUCGUUCUACAUUAACAAGGGCAACCAGUGCCACAUGGCCGCGACGGGUUCGGCGCUCAUUUACAUCCGCGUCGAAGACCUGCGAAAGGAGGCGGGCGGCAAGCUGACUUUCGACACUGCCUGCUCGCGGUGCGUCGGCGGCCUGGACUGGUACAACGACAUCAAGAAGAAGAUGGCGGCCUUCGACAUCCAGCCGAUCGAGUGCCCGGAGAAGGAGCCCUUCCGUUUCGGAGCGUCCAGGGUGGUGUACAGCCUCAAGGCGGCGCUGAUUCCUUGCUCGGUGAAUGGCAAGGCCUUCGCCGUGCGCAUGAGCGUCGUGCGCAGCGCCGUGCCUGGACUGUUCAGCCGCCAGACCCAGAGCGAGCUGGACGUUGUCUACCACGCAGGGGGCAACAACCUGGACAUCAAGUCCGUCAACGAGCACGGCGCCCAGAUGGGUUUGAGCCGCGCCGAACGCCCGACGCUCGAGAUCACAGGCUUCGCGCCAAACUACAAGCCCGUGUCGGACGUCUCGGACACCAAGACCGAGAUUCCGCUGCAUCCGUUUUCGACUUACCACGCUGAGACAGCCGUGGCCAGCGCCGCCAAGCCGGCAGCGCCCGAGCGCUGCGACCAAGGGGUCGCCUCGGAGGCCGACGAGUCUCAUUCGGAGAUUGACUGCGACGAGCUCGACGGCGCUGAACUGUUCGAGCAGCAGGUGCGCCAGGACGCGGAGUUAAACCAGACAGCGACCCUCAGCCACAACGUGUCCGAUUUCAGCAGCAAGCAAGCGGUAGUGGGCUACGAGACCAGCCAUCAGCACGGAGUCAGCUGCUCGAGUACGCCGACGCCGAGUGCUUCCCGCAUGCCGGCGAUCUCCAGCAUGCGGAUGGGGGACCUACAGGCGGAGGUGGCAAGCUACGCGUUGGAUGCGCGCGACGCGACGUGCGACCAGCUCCGCGUCAUCCUGCGCGCGCUGAGGGCCAAGGUGCAGGACAAGAUGCGCUUCGGCAAGAUGCGCAAGCACGAGCUCCAGGAGUUGCGCAGGAUGAAGGGCAUCGGUGUCGACCAGCACGCGACCGCGCCGGAGCUCAGGCAGCGCCUGAAGGGCUGGAAGGUCGAGAACGCGGUCAGCGGCGCUUCGAGCAACGUGGCCCAUCCACGCCCGCAGAUCACGGGGAACGACAGGGUGCGCUUCGGCAAGUACCCGACCGCGAACUACCGUCGGGUGCUCAAGAACGACUUGGGUUACGCACGGUGGGCGGUGUUGGAGCUGGAAAACGGCCGAGCGAGCCCGCUCCUGGCGCGCUUCGGCAGGUGGGUCAAGGCUCGCGGGGUGAGGCCGCUCGAGCCAGAGAAGCUCAAGACCACCAUCGAUGCGGUGAUGGCCGAGGAGGUUGUCCUGGACGACGAGUCGGCGACGCUGACGGCGACGACCCAGCGGGCCUCAGCAAGUCAAGGCAGCUGGACGGGUCACCGUCGCCCGAGGCCAGUCGAGGAGCACGAGAUGGACACCGGCGACCACGGCUUCCAGAAGGCGGGCGAGACCGACCAGGAGACGGAUGCGGCGUCUCCGCGCGAGAAGGCCAAGGGCAAGCGCGUCGGCCUACUCUACCAGGUCACGGGCUUGCUGAGCGCCUUCGAGUUUCAGGCGGUGCUCGCGGGCGUGGCGGACCACGCGAGGAACGCCAAGGAGAUCUACACCGUCCGGAGCCACGACGUGGACGCCAUGCAGGUGUUCGAGGGCGAAGGCGGCAUUGCCGAGGCGGCAGUGCGCCGCAACGCGACAGCCACGGAGGUGAUCGACCGCAUGCACGGCUGGGGCCUCCGCAAGCAGAAGGACCUCGAGAUGACGUGCGAGCGGUGCUAUGCAUCGAGGCCGAAGUUCGCGUCGAUCGAGCUCCCCUGCACCUACUACGCGAACACUACGCACCUCACCUUGCGCACGCCGCAGGGCAAGUAG